CAGCUAUGGCCUUAGAAGGCUGCUCCCAUCCUGUGGAGGACUUGUGUUUGGAGGUAGGGACACUAUUGCUGGUACUGAGUGGAACAGUCCAUUUUCUUUCUACCCCUUAAGGUUUCAUUUCUCUGGGUAGGGAAUUCUUCCUGGCUUCUGGCAAGUCAUUGAACUUAGUUGUUAAGUGUGAUUGAAAGUUCAGGUCUCUUGGAUUUUCUGAGUAUUUCAAGGGAAGGAGAAAAAUCCAAGAUUGGACAUCAGUAACUUACCAAUGCCAUAGCCCGUAAGACUUGUUAAAAAUUAAAUUAUGAUUAUUGCAUUAGGUCUAUUGGACAAAUAACACAGAUGUGGCAUUUUCCUGGGAGAAUCUUGUCCUUUUGGAAUCCAGUGUUCCAUUUGCUACUUAAAAUGAGCCCUGAUCCUCACCAGUGUGGGAAAGUAAUCUUCACGUUUUCACUUGAGCAAUUUUUGUGUGUGUUUCCACUGCAGGCAAAGACAGAUAUUAGGAGCCUGUGGGUGACGACGCUGGAAAAGCUUCGGCUAUAAAAGUGAGCUGUUUUCAUGUAUUGCCAAUGUCCACCAGUUGCAUCCUGAAGUGCCAUUAGCUGUAACCGAAGACCCAGAUCCUAAGACCACAGCCAGGUACUCCCGCUGCCAAGAGCUGAAGGCCAUGGAGCUCUCGGACAGCGACCGCCCGGUCAGCUUCGGCUCCACGUCGUCCUCGGCCUCUUCCCGGGACAGCCACGGUUCCUUUGGCAGCCGAAUGACCUUAGUUUCAAACAGCCACUUGGGCUUGUUUCCCCAGGAUAAAGAAGCAGGGGCCAUAAAGCUGGAGCUGAUUCCAGCCAGGCUGGUUUCCAGCAGCGAGCUGCAGAGGGAUAGCCUGGCCGGGCCACAGAGCACGGGCUCGGGCAGCGACAGGCAGCCCCGGGCCCCGCGGAGGGCGGAGGCCAACGGGGCCACCAAAACAGGGGCCGAGUCGGCCACCAGCCCCAAGCUCCUCUACGUGGACAGAGUUGUUCAAGAAAUCCUGGAGACUGAAAGGACUUACGUGCAAGAUCUAAAAAGCAUCGUAGAGGACUACCUGGACUGCAUCCGGGACCAGACGAAACUUCCUCUGGGGACGGAAGAAAGAUCCGCCCUUUUUGGGAACAUACAGGACAUCUACCACUUCAAUAGUGAACUUUUGCAAGAUUUGGAAAACUGUGAAAAUGACCCCGUGGCCAUAGCAGAGUGUUUUGUGUCCAAGAGUGAAGAGUUCCACAUUUACACCCAGUACUGCACCAACUACCCCAGAUCUGUGGCUGUGCUAACAGAGUGCAUGAGGAACAAGACCCUGGCCAAAUUCUUCAGGGAACGGCAGGAAACCCUGAAGCACUCCCUGCCCCUGGGGUCCUAUCUCUUGAAACCAGUUCAGCGGAUUCUCAAGUAUCACCUCCUUUUGCACGAAAUAGAAAAUCACCUUGACAAGGACACAGAAGGCUAUGACGUGGUGCUCGACGCUAUAGACACGAUGCAGCGAGUCGCCUGGCACAUCAAUGACAUGAAGCGGAAACACGAGCACGCGGUCCGGCUGCAGGAGAUUCAGAGUCUGCUGACCAACUGGAAGGGGCCAGACCUGACCAGCUACGGGGAGCUGGUGCUCGAGGGAACCUUCCGGCUCCAGCGGGCCAAGAACGAGCGGACCCUGUUCCUCUUCGACAAGCUGCUCCUCAUCACAAAGAAGAGGGAUGACACAUUUACGUACAAGGCUCACAUCCUGUGUGGCAACCUCAUGCUGGUGGAGGUGAUCCCCAAGGAGCCGCUCAGCUUCAGCGUCUUCCACUACAAGAACCCCAAGCUGCAGCACACCGUGCAGGCGAAAUCGCAGCAGGACAAACGGCUGUGGAUUCUGCACCUGAAGAGGCUGAUCCUGGAGAAUCACGUGGCCAAGAUUCCAGCUAAGGCCAAACAAGCAAUACUAGAAAUGGAUGCCAUUCAUCACCCCGGCUUCUGCUACAGCCCCGAGGGGCAGGCGAAGACAGUCUCCACUCCCUACCGGCUCAGAAGAAAAUCUGAACCUUCCUCAAGAUCACAUAAAGUUUUGAAGACCAGUGAAACCGCCCAAGACAUCCAAAAGGUCUUCAGAGGGGAAGGGGAAGGGUCCCCCCAGCGGACAUCGGCAAGGCCAUCCACCGCCCCGAGGAACGGUCAGCCCAGCGGCGCUGCCAUUCUCAGCGCGCUUCGCGGGGGUGGGGCGGCGAGAAACAUCUGGACGGACCACCAGAUCCGGCGGGCCCUGUUUCCCGGCCCGCGGCCCCAGGAGCACGAGGAGGAGGAAGACUACCAGAUGUUCGUGCCGCCCUUCUCCUCUUCGGAUCUGAACUCCACCAGCCUGUGCGAGGAGAGCACUUCCAGCCGCCCUUGCAGCUGGCACAUGGGGCACAUCGAGUCCACGGAGACCACCAGCUCCGGCCACAGGGUUGUCAGGCGGGCCAGCAGUGCCGGCGAGAGCAACACGUGCCCUACUGAAAUAAGAAUCAGGGACAGCGAUGGCUCCCAGUACAGUCCCCGAAGGGACCCUAAAACGGAAGGGCAGGACGGAAUGACUCCCUUUGGGUCAUCUAUAGAGUUGACUAUUGAUGACAUAGACCAUGUCUACGAUAACAUCAGUUACGAGGACUUAAAGCUAAUGGUUGGUAAACGGGAGGAAGCUGAAUCCACUCCCCCCAGACCAACCAGGGACUCUGUGCGACCCAAGAGCACCCCGGAGCUAGCCUUCUCGAAGGGGCACGCCGGCCACGAGAAGAGCUCUCCGCACACACAGAGAGAGGGGCCUCUGACGGGUCAGGAGGCGUCAAACCAAAGCGCACAAGAGCUCGAGGCGGUGGAGGAAAACAUCUAUGACACCAUCCGGCUCCCAGACCCGCCCUCGCUGGAUUUCACCUGCAGCAGCCUAAAGCAUCCCAAGAGGACCACCUUCUUGGGCCUGGAAGCGGAUUUUGCCUGCUGCGACAGCCUGAGGCCCUUUGUGUCCCAGGACAGCCUCCAGUUCAGCGAGGACGAAGGGCCCUACCCCCAGGGGCCCCCUGCCAGUGACUACUUGAGUUUGCUCUAUAACUCUUUCAGCUGUAACUUGUCUAUAGCCGACAAGUCUAUCUCUGAUAAGCUGUCUGAAGAAGUGGACGAAAUCUGGAAUGACCUGGAGAAUUACAUCAAGAAAAAUGAAGUCAAAGCUAGAGACCGGCUCCUUGCAGCCUUUCCUGUGAGCAAAGACGACGUGCCGGACCGCCUGCACUCGGAGAGCGCGCCCGAGCUGAGCAGAGACGCGGCCCGGGCCCUGUCCACACUCUCGCUCCCCGAGAGCCACGCCCUCCUCGCGCUCAAGGGCAGGCCGGGCAGGGCCAGCCGGGCCAGCUGCCCGCUGGAGGAGGACCUCCUGUCUAAAGAAGGCUCCUUCAUGAGCCUCAAUCGACUCUCUCUGGCCGGCGAGGUGCCUCCCAUGGAAAAUCCCUACGACUUGGCCAACAGCGGUCUAUCCCAGACAGACCUGGACAACCCUGACCCCGGGGUGGGUGCCACAGAUAAGACCAAAAGCCGAGUUUUCAUGAUGGCCAGGCAAUACAGUCAGAAGAUCAAGAAGGCAAAUCAGCUCUUAAAAGUGAAAAGCCCAGAGUUGGAGCAGCCACCGGCCAGCCAACAGCAUAAAUCUGUGCACAAGGACCUGGCUGCCAUCUUAGAAGACAAGCAGCAGGGAGGGCCUGCCAUCGGUGCCAGGAUAGCCGAGUAUGCCCAACUGUAUGACCAGAUCGUAUUCAGAGAGACUCCCUCUAAGGCUCAGAAGGACGGCUGGGCCAGCCCUCGAGAACCUUCCAACCUCAGAUCUGCACCACCUUCCCAGGCCCAACGUGAUAGCGAGGACUGGUUUUUGCACUCAACCUAUAGUAAUGGAGAAUUAGCAGAUUUCUGUGCCCGGCCAGAGCAAGACUUGAAGCCAAAAUAUCCCACCUUGGAGAUCAACACAAAAAGCACUCCAAGACAACUGUCCACAGCUUGCUCCGUGCCUUCUCUUCAAACCUCCGACCAUCUGCUGGGCCCCAUGCAGAGACACAGCGUGGUCGUCAGUCAACCCAACAAAGAGAACUCGUGUCAAGGCCAUCUUUAUAACUCUUUGGGUCGGAAAGGAAUCAGUGCUAAAUCUCAGCCUUACAACAGGUCCCAUUCUUCUUCCUCAAUCUUAAUAAACAAGUCAUCGGACUCCAUCAACUACCCUAAUGAAGUGGGAAGGAAACAGCUAUUAUCUUUACACAGUAGUUCAAGAUGUGAGAGUCACCAGGACUUGCUGCCAGAUACAGGUGACCCGUGUCAACAGGAUACAGGAAAACAACGCUCAGAUCUCACCCUCCAAGACUCACAGAAAGUUCUGGUAGUAAAUAGAAACUUACCCUUAAAUGCCCAAAUAGCUACACAGAACUAUUUUUCCAAUUUCAAAGAGACUGAGGGAGACGAAGAUGACUACGUGGAAAUCAAGUCAGAAGAAGACGAGUCGGAGGUAGAGCUGUCUCACCACCGCAGAAAGAAACCGGACCCAAAGGUUGUGGGUGAGGACUUUCCUGACAACGUCUACAGCAACAACACGUCUUACUCUUUGAAUAGUCCCUGCACCCCCAGAAAGCCAAUGAGCGGCAAAGUCGGGGUUUCACCCUAUCUGACGCCAUACGACGAUUCUGACAAACUGAACGACUACCUUUGGAGGGGCCCGUCUCCCAAUCAGCAAAACAUUGUCCAGAGUCUAAGGGAAAAAUUUCAGUGUCUUAGUUCUAGCAGCUUUGCCUAAGGUUCUUAAUAGUCGCUGCCCUGGUUAAUUUCUUCAUAUGCUCAAGAAUUACAGAUCCUGAGGCGUUUUAUAUGUACCAGAUUAAAACAAUUUUGUAAUUACGAGGUGUAAAAUGUACUUUCUUUUACAGCACAACUUUUUGCAACAGCUGAUGAUCCAGCCAGGAUUGUACUGUAGCCAAUGUCAGCAUCUAAUUGUUUUCUGAUGCUAGAUGUUUUCAUGUUUCAUGUAAGUCAAUCUUACUUGAAAAUUUCUUUUUUUUU